UCCUAUUUCCUGCUGCCAGGAUUCAUGUGAUCUAUGUGGCGCUUCCUGGAGUGCGUUUUCACAUUUCGAUGUAGUCCGAGCACAUUCCUCUCCAGUAGAAACGCCACGACCCUCGAAGAGACCCCAGCCGCAUCGCCCACGGUAUGGCGGACGGAGAGAGGUCGCCGUUGCUGUCGGAUGUAAACGGGGCGAAUGGGCUGGUAGCAGGAGAUGAGCCGAAGAGACCCCACAGUUUCCAAGCAUUUUCCAGUCCUCCACCACCUGGGUUGCUGGGUGAGGCCCCGCCACCAUACUCCCCGUUGGCCUCUCCAGAUAGCAGCAGUGCCCCUGUCAUCAGCUGCCGAGUGUGCCAGUCCCUCAUCAGCGUGGAGGGCAAGAUGCACCAACAUGUAGUCAAGUGUGGCGUCUGCAGCGAGGCUACGCCUAUAAAAAACGCCCCUGCUGGGAAGAAGUAUGUGCGCUGUCCUUGCAACUGUCUCCUGAUCUGCAAAGUCACCUCGCAGAGGAUUGCUUGCCCUCGGCCUUACUGUAAGCGCAUUAUUAAUUUAGGUCCAGUCCAUCCUGGUGCAGGGAGUCCAACUCCCCAACCUUCUGGAGUGAGGGUGUCCUGUGGCCACUGUGGAAACACUUUUCUGUGGACAGAGUUUACAAACCGCACAUUAGCCCGCUGUCCUCACUGCAGAAAAGUCUCAUCGAUUGGCCAGAGGUACCCAAGGAGGCGGAGCUUGAUCUGGUUUGUCUUGUGUUCGCUCUUCAUCAUUGCAACUGCUGGACUAAUGGUUGGUACAUGGGUAAAAGCCCAGCACAACCAGAAGCUCUACGUGCUCUGGGCUUUUUUCAUUCUUCUAGUAAUAAUCAGCCUGGCCAGGGCUUUACACUGGGCUUGCCUGAAGAUCAGCGAACCAUUGCACAACUACUCAUAAAUAGAGAAACAGAGAGAGAGUAAGACAAAUGAAGGAUUAUGAAGGAUGACAAAGGAUGGACAUUUUAUCGUUUGAAAUAAUGGCAUGUUUUGUGUUCAGCUUCCCCCUCUUUUAGGUGAGCAUGGGGACAAAUGUGUUUAAAAAAUAAACAGUUAAAAAGUGUAAAAUAUUUUUUAUGUUUAUUGCGCAAACCGUCAACACACAAAGAUUUUUCCAUAAUAGAUUCUGUAGUUUCUGAAAAUACGCGUGAGACAUGAAACUACCUCCACCAUGUUUCAGACAUGCUUUGAAAUUAAUUUGUUUUUUGUAACCUCCUCUAUAGUUUUCCAAAGACACAAUUAUCACCAAUCAUGAUGUAUAGCAGUGCCUUUUCUUGUUUUCAAUCUACUGCAAAACAUUCCAGUUUUUACCUUUUGAAAGAAAAUUUCAAUUUGGAAUUCUUCUCUUGUAACAUCCAAAUUCCAAAGGCAGAAGCUUGUUGAUACCUAUGUUGAAGGUUCAAAGCAUUCAUUUUCUGUAGUGUGCAAGAGGCAUACAUCAAUACUAACUUUCAGCUGUAGAUUUGAAAAGUGGGAAACAGGACACAAAAAUGCCAUUAAUCCCAAACACCAAAGACUAAUGUGACAUUCUUUACUCUUGCCUAAUAUAUGUCAAAGAAAGCAAUUUGACUUUACUGUUGCAGUACAUUUGAGGGAAGCUAUUAUACUGUAUCAUCUCACCUAUUGCAAAUUUACUUAGUAGGACAAAUUUUUAUGUUGUUUAUUUUGAUAACACAGAUGCCCCUUAAACCAUGUCCUAAGAAACAUUCUAGUGAAGUUUUGAAUGUCAUGGUUUUAUGUAGGUACAGCCUUUAAUAUGAGGAACGGUUUAAUUAGGCAGAAAAUAGGAAUAUGAAAGAAAAGCAAAGAAAAAAGCAGGUAGAAAUAAUUUCAGAUGAACUAUAAAUCUUACCCUUCUACAACUUUUAAUGCCACAUCCCUAAUACACAGUGAAACUGAGGCAUAUUAACAUUACUUGAAAAUAGAAUUUAAUACAGUUGUUUUGCACAGAAGGCCUUAGAUAUAAAGCACUGCUCCAAGCCCAAGCAUUUUAAAUGAUAAAUAAUCACUCUUUAAUAGAUACAUAUAUUACAUUUUAUAUCCGAGGGUAAAUGAGCACAAAGACAUACACUGCCUGUAAAAAUCUUGGGUCACAUUGUUGUUUUUUUUUUUUUUUUAAUUUUUCAGCAUUUUUCAGUUGAUGAAGAAAAAAUACCUCCAAAUAAUUGUUUACUGACAUUGAACAGAUAUUUAUAUUAAUUGUUAAUUAUCUUGGUUAUUUUUGCACCCAUUAUGAGUAUGAAUUAGAGAUUGCCUAAAUAAUGACUGUGAUCUUUAAAAAAAUGUUGCUAAAAGCAUAUAUUGAAAAUACUUUGAUCCAAAGGUGAUUAAAUGCCUGAAAGGAGUUGAAUGCUAAUGGGUGCUGACCUCAUUAAAAGGGAAUAAAAUGUCUGAGGUACUAUUUGUAAUGAUUCCCAAGGUAACUCUUCUGCCAGCAGUAGUUUUCAUAAAAUAGGUCUGUUAUAGCAAAGUGAUGCUAAUUAUUAUUGAUUAAUGAUUAUUAUUUUCAUUAUGAAAAAAUAGUUGUCCCUAAAUCUUUGGAGGUAGAGUAAAAAUGACAACAAAUAUGCAAAUGUGCAAAAUUUAAUCUAAAGUUGCCUUCUUUCUGGAUCUUUUUAAAUGAAGCACCAAUGCACAUGUCACUUCUUACAAUUAAUCUGUCAAAAAAAAAUUUUUUUCAUUUAUAAAUGGAAGUUGAAUCACUGCCUAUAUUUAUGCAUAAUGCUCUGCUGUACUUGCAGUCAGCCUUAAUGAGGCAGUGGCACAGACUGAGGUAAAGAUAGUUAAUGUUGUGUUGAAACAUGAAGUUCUUUCCUUUUUUAUUCCAUGUAUUGAUACAGCACUGCAAUUCAUUUGCAGUGAAAUGUUAAUAUUCAUGGACUGUAUAAUCAAAAUAAUCCCAUCAGUCAGCUUUGUCACUCUUACAACAACUGGACAACCACUUUCAAGGUUUUUCUUUGAACUGGAACUUAAUAUCAUAUACACUACAGUCUCACACACAGAAAAUUUGACCUGUACCUUUUAUUCUAAAUACAGAAACAAUCAGUAGUUUCUUGUUUUUUUGGGGUGUAAUUUGUUUACAUAGUGUGCAAUUGUUGUUUUGUUAAUAAUGAUGCACUACAUUUGUGCUGUGUAGCUAACAUAAUCCACUCUGCUCAGUGUUGAUUUAUUGUUGAUUUGUUUUUGUACAUUCCUUUGUGACUAAAAACUUUUAAUAAACCCAUACCUCUGUUCUAAGAAAUACAUGAAAA